GAUCUGUACAAGGACGUCAUGAUGGAGGAUCACCAGCCCCUCACAUCACUUGUUAAGGAAGAGAUAAGAACACCGGAGAGAUGUCCCAGUCCUCUUCUUCCACAGGAUGGUUUAGAAGAACAUCACAAUUUCCCACAUUAUGAUCAAGUAGAUGGAGAUAAGGGCAUCAAGAUGGAGGAUCACUGGUCAAUCUUAUCAACAGAUGACGGCACCAGAAGGUCAGAGGGAAACAUGAUAUCUUCACAUUUUAAAUCAAAUAAUCUUGGGAUAACAGAAGAUACAUAUAAAGAGCAUGCUGUUCUCUCAGAUAUACCUGCAGCCUUCCACAGCAAAGAUCCAUCAUCUGAUCUUUUUUACCAGGUCCAAUUUUCUGAUUCAUCACAGACUGUUAAACAGAACAAACAUCACAGAAGGGGUGUUGAACCUCAAAAGGCUCAAACAGGGGAGAAGCUAUUUUCAUGUUCAGAAUGUGGGAGAUGUUUCUCUCAUAAAUCGAAUCUUGUUAGGCAUCAGAGAAUUCACACAGGGGAGAAGCCAUUUUCAUGCUCAGAAUGUGAGAAAUGUUUUACGCACAGAGCAGAUCUUGUUAAUCACCAGAGAAUUCACACAGGGGAGAAGCCAUAUUCAUGUUCAGAAUGUGGCAAAGGGUUUUCUUUCAGAAAAAGUCUUGUUAUACAUAAGAGAACUCACACAGGGGAGAAGCCAUAUUUAUGUCCAGAAUGUGGGAAAGGUUUUUACGACAAAUCACAUCUUAUUAGACAUCAGAGAAUGCAUUCCGGGGUAAAGCCAUUUUCAUGUUCAGAAUGUGGAAAAUAUUUUGACUAUAGAGCAGAUCUUAUGAGACAUGAGAGAAUUCACACAGGGGAAAAACCAUUUUCAUGUUUAGAAUGUGGCAAGUGUUUUUCUUUAAAAAAAUAUCUUGUUAUACAUCAAAAUAGUCACACAGGGAGAAAACCAUUUUCAUGUUCUGGGUGUGACAAAUGUUUUAACUACAAAUAUGAUCUUGUUAAACAUGAGAGAACUCACACAGGGGAGAAGCCAUAUUCAUGUUCAGAAUGUGGGAAAAGUUUUUAUGACAAAUCCUAUGUUAUUAGACAUAAAAAAAUUCACACAGUGGAGAAGCCAUUUUAAUGUUCAAAUUGUGGGAAAUGUUUUCACCAGAAAACAAUCUUGUUAUACAUAUGUAAGAGCAACAAUGCCCAACCACCAGGCUUUGGGUACCAGGCAGAAGGGGUGCUGGAGUUGAACGGCGGGAACUUCAUAAGCUGUAGGCCUCUAGACUUCAUCAAGUCCUCUUGCGCCAGGUCACAGGUGAUAUGACAACAUCAUCAUGCCACCAGAGACUCGAUGAAGGAGGUCGCAAUGACUUUCACGACUGCAUGUGCGGUGACGCAGGCAGUCAGUGGCCCACAUCGGAGACAGCGGUAGUCAGGUUAGUAGUUUGUUUCUUGUUCAUGGACACUACUGUGGGCACUGUGGGGGAGGUGUUGGGGCAUAAUAUAUACAAAGAGCAUUAAUUGGGAAGAGGCCACUACUGGGGGGCACUAUAUGUAAAUACAACACUACUAAGGGGCAUUAUAUGUAAAGAGGCCACUACUGGGGAAUAUUAUAUGUAAAGAUGGCAGGACUGGGGGAGAUUUAUCAAGACUGGCGUUUUCUGCGUACGCCUCUUCAUAAAUUAGGUGCCUCCUCCUGCAGUCCAUGCACCUAACCAGAAAUCUAUGACAGCUAUGACAAAUUUGUCACUUUGUCUGGCCUCGCCCCCUUCAAUGCCCUUGCCACACCUCCUCGAACUGGAUGGUGAAAAAGGGGAGAUGCAACAUUAUUUUUUUUUUUUUUAGCUCGCACCUGCAACCUUUUAAUGCCACUUUUCAGGCAUAAAGGGAAUGAUAAAUCUCCCCCUAUAGGUCAUGAGGUAACCACUCAGGGGUAUUAUAUGUACAAAGGGUACAACUGGGUGUACAACCACCCCCCGAUUCAUGGGUAAAUUGUCUUGCAUGAAACUGGUCCGUGGUGCAAAAAAACUUGGGGACCACUGUAUCAGGGAUUUCACACAGGGGCGAAAUCAUUUUUAUGUUCAGAAUGUGACAAAAGUUCUAACCAGAAUCAAGGGGGGAUUUAUCAAACUUAUAGAAAAUUAAGGUGGAAUCUGAUUGGUUGCUAUGGGCAACUAAGCAAGUGCUACUUUACACCAGUUUGAUAAAUCUCCCCUAAGUCUUUAGGAUAAUCAUAGACUUCACACAGGGGAGAAGCUGUUUUCAUGUUCAGAAUGCAAGAAAAUCUUUCAUUACGAGUGUAAUGGCAAUGUAUCAAAAGCCUACAGCGCGUGUGUUGGUGAAUGGCACACUGUCCCCGUCGUUUAGUAUAUCGAAUGGAACGAGACAGGGCUGCCCUCUCUCCCCGUUGCUCUUUGUGUUGGUGAUAGAAGCCCUUAUGCAAGCAUUUCGGAACAAAACUGCAAUUAAAGGUGUUACGAUUGGUGCAGAGACUCAUCAGACUGCAGCUUUUGCGGACGAUGUGUUGCUGUUCAUUACUAACCCUGAUUCGGCCUUUAAAGAGAUUGAGUCGUUGCUUCAGGAUUUUCACAAAAUGUCCAAUUUCUUAGUUAAUUUAUCUAAGUCUACGAUUUUAAACGUUUCUUUACCAAUGACAACUGUGACCAGUUUGAAAAGCGAUACAACCUUCCAUUGGACAUCUGACCAUAUCACUUUUUUUUAACCCCUAAAAAGGCCAUAUUGCACUAAUGUACCAAUUUUUAACUGGCAUUUGAUGGGUGCGCGCCAGUCUAAGCGGCCGUUAAAAAUGGUCUCAUUGAUUUCAGUGGGGUCCAUCUGGCCGUGAGUGCGGCCCAAAAUAGAACAUGUCCUAUCUUUUGACGGCCGCUAUCCACUAGGCUUUUAAAAAUAGCCCCAACGGUUUUGAAAACGGCCAUCACAAAAACUACCGCCCAACAGCUGUUUUCACAGUUUUGUGCAUGAGUUUGAGUUCACAUCACUGUGUAACUUUCCGUUCUUCUGAUCCAUCAGAACAGUUAUGCUCAGUUAGCAUCAGUUUGCACUAAAAAAUAAUCGAUCCAUCUUUUUUAAGCAUCAGUUUGUGUUAGGCUACUUUCACACUGGCGGCAGCCUUCUCCAGCAGGCUGUUCUGGCGGGGGAACAGCCUGCCGGAUCCGUGCUGCCGCUAGUGCACCGUGCCGCCAGAAGUCUGCACCGGCCGCAUUGACUAUAAUGGGGGCGGGCAAGAGGUCCGGCCACAGCAAACAAACCCAGAGGCGGCUGGAAUAAAACUACGAAAAAAAUUUCUGUUCUUCUGACGGAUGAGAGGAACAGAAAGCUAAACGGUGAUGUGAACUCAGUCUAAGCCAUGGUAUGCUGCCGUCUUCUGUAAAUAUAUAUCCGCCAUGUGUACAGAGGACUUUAUAUUACAUCUUUAAAACCUGUUACCAACCAAGAAUAAACAUUUACUAGUACAAUGUGUCUCCUUGUGCUCUGUCCUAUGUUUCCUUAUUCUUUACAUGAUAUUUCAUAGAGGAACUAACUUUUACUAUUAUCAUUAAA